GCCCUGCACUGUCUGCUGUCCGAUAACAACGAAGAAAUCAACACUUUGCAAGUAGUAACACCUCGUGUUCAUCACAAAGACACUUUCACCUCGUCAAAUCUGCGUUUCCGUUCAAUUCGGAUGUAAAAUGGUCGACUAAAACCUUUCAUGAGCGUAAAUGUACUUUACUUAACUCACGUGUAAAAUCAUCUCAUCUGGAUACAGAGCCGCAGUCAUUUUUCUGAGAGACUGCGAUGCUCUCAGCGACAGAGAAAACCCUGCUUGCAGAAAUAUGGGCCAGACUGACUCCUGUGGCUGAAGAUAUUGGGUCAGAUGCGCUUCAUAGGAUGUUUACCACCUUCCCGGGUUCUAAGGUCUACUUCUCCCAUCUGGACAUCAGCCCUCGCUCGCCUCACCUGCUCUCUCAUGGCAAGAAAAUCGUCCUGGCCAUCGCCGAGGGAGCCAAAGACAUCAGCCAGCUGACCGUCACCCUGGCUCCUCUGCAGACCCUGCACGCCUACCUGCUCCGGAUCGACCCCCACAAGUUCAAGCUCUUCUCACACUGUGUGCUCGUCGCUCUGGCCGUUCACCUGGGCGAUGACUUCACACACGUUGCACACGCAGCGAUGGACAAGUACCUGUCAGCCUUCGCAGCCGUGCUCACUGAGAAAUACAGAUGAGACCCAGGUGUAUGGAAACUAUUUAUAAAGCUCUAAGAUAUGAAGUAUCUAUGUAUGUGUGUGGAUGUUACAGUGCAAUGUUUUGUAGGAAUAAAAGUGUGCAAUGAA